AUGUCUGAAACUGCAACGAAAGAAAAAAAAAGUUCAACUGGGGUGGUUCGAAAGUAUAAAACAAAGGAGCUUAUAGAUUUUUUGCGUAAGGAGAAGGACUUGGAACUUGACGACGAUGACUUGAAUAUUAUCAAAAAGCAAAAAAUCGGCGGUGGACCCGCUUCAGACCUUGCUGACUUUGCUAAAGAACUUGGCAAGCGUAAAUUAAAGUCGUUCUUGUCUUACAAAACCCAGAAAGACCUGAGAUCGUCAGUGGGGCUAUAA